CGAACAAGGUCACGGGUGCCUAAUCACUGAACCCGACAUUAGCUACCUACGUCUUUUGUAAACACCUUUCCUAUUGGACAAGAAGUCGUGCCUCUUCACUAUAUAAAUUACUUAUGUGAAAGUUACGAAAUUAUACCGUUUUCUUUAAGACUUGUGUUGGUAGCUCUCUUCUCUUGAAAUGAAAGCCAUGGUGAACACUGGAAAAGGAUCGUUGCUCCGCUGUGUUAUGCUUGGUGACGGGAUGGUGGGGAAGACCUCUGUUAUUCACUCUUUUCUGGGAUAUACACUGUCACCUAGUUAUACAGCCACUGUAUUCAUGGAUAACUACUGUACUCACCUCAGUUUGGCUGGAGUCAAGCAUCAGCUGCAAAUCACAGAUCUCUCAAUUGAGGAAGACCUCCACGUGAGACCUAACUGUCAGUCUAGUAACCUAGUUACAAUCGUCUGCUACAGUGUGGUGGAUAAGGAUUCUUACUAUAACAUCAAGUCUUUCUGGCUACCCUUGAUUCGAAACAUCAACCCCAAGAUCCCCAUACUGCUCGUAGCCACACAUACAGACUUAAGAUGUGAAAAUAACCCAAACCACGUCACAGAAGUAGAAGGAAGAAACCUGUGUAAUGAACUCAAUAUGUCCGCUUUUCUUGAAUGUUCUGCUGUUCAAAAAACUGGUAUUUCCAAUGUCUUCGAAAUGGUAGCUGGUCUUUCACUUCAGCUCACCCUGAAAAACAAGAAAGCAAAAGUCAAUCAAAGGAAACACGACCGGUGAACUAUAGAAAUACGUGAACUGUUUCUUUAUCCAUCCAAAGCUUUCAAAGCUUUUUAAAGAGGGCCCAUGUCUCCGUACAGAGCGGCUAUUUCGUUAUGUGUAAUAUGAUUUGUAAUGUGAGCAUAACUCUUGCAAAGAGACACAACGACUUAGCUAUACACGUGAAGCACAAAUAAGAAAUUGAGAGCUUGUACAAACCAAAGCAUGUCGCAGCAGCAUAGUAAAACAGUAAUCCUGGUGAAUACUCUUAGAUCUGACUACAUGAAUCAUUUGUUUCCUUUUUUAUGUGCAAUAUUAUUAUCGUUCAUGAAUGUUUUGUUUGUUUUGCUCGUUUGUAAGAUUUGUUCUAACAUAUUGUUGUAUAGUUGGUGCAUUUUUCAUAUUAAUUUAUAUACGUCAUAAAGAAAGGU